AUGAAGAUAGACUUUGCCGAUGAAGUUGUACGGCAAAUAUUGAAGACCUUUAAACGCCCUGGCUCUCCGAAGCAGCGAAAUGAAAAAUCUAAUGCCAGACCGCCACUUCCAAAUAAUGCUGCAUCACAGUUUCGGAAAGGGACAUAUCAUGAGUCACUUGACUUCGUCCUAUCAUUAUGUGAGACAUCAUAUGGCUUGGUAGAUGUCUUUCCAGUAGAAGAUCGUAAGAGUGCUCUUUGUGAGAAACGCCCUGGCUCUCCGAAGCAGCGAAAUGAAAAAUCUAAUGCCAGACCGCCACUUCCAAAUAAUGCUGCAUCACAGUUUCGGAAAGGGACAUAUCAUGAGUCACUUGACUUCGUCCUAUCAUUAUGUGAGACAUCAUAUGGCUUGGUAGAUGUCUUUCCAGUAGAAGAUCGUAAGAGUGCUCUUCGUGAGUCACUUGUGGAGAUCAACGCACAUGUAGCUGCUGCUCAAAAUACUGGAGGAGUGUGCUUUCCAAUGGGGAAAGGAAUGUACCGUGUGGUUCAUAUACCUGAAGAUGAAGCUGUUCUCUUGAAUUCUAGAGAGAAGGCACCUUACCUGAUCUGUGUUGAAGUUUUGAAAAGUGAAACCCCAAGCACAAAGGAUGCAUCCAAUACUCAAAAGCUUUCCAAAGGUGGAAUUCCUUUGGCGAAUGGAGAUGCACUAUUGCCAAAGCCUCCUCCUUGGGCUUAUCCUUUGUGGACGGGACCAGAUAUGCACCAUGGUGGUUAUGAUAGAAUGUCAAGCUCUACUUCUCAUGCAAUUGACCAGGCAAUGGCUCAAUUGUGGGAGGCCAAAGUGAAAUUUGUUCGGGUGAAUCUUUCCUUGGAGAAGCAGUUGCCCAAUCAGUCAAAGAAAAUUGAGGUGGCUAAUUCAAGGGGUGGCAUCCAUUGUUCCAGUCUCCAGUCUGAUUCAACUCCUUUGGUAGUUGUAUCAAAUAGUUGUCAAUGCAGGGAGGACUUAAAUCCUCCAUGUGGGCCAGAAGGUGGUAAUGAUUUAGAAUGGGUGAGGGUUGUGUUGACAGCAGAUCCCGGGGUUAGCAUGGAUGACAUCCAGGAUCAAGAACCAACUCGUCGGAAAGAACAUCGUCGGGUUCCAAGUACUGUUGCUAUUGAGGAAGUAAAGGCUGCUGCGUUAAAAGGAGAAGCACCUCCUGGACUACCUCUGAAAGGGGCCGGUCAGGAUUCAUCAGAAGCAGAACCAAAGGUCGCAAAUGGUGAUGUUCCCAAUGCUGGUGAUGCAUUAUCCGGUGAACUUUGGGAGGUAAAAAGGGAGAGAAUACGCCAAGCCUCAGGUUAUGGAAAACUUCCUGGUUGGGAAUUGCGCUCUAUUAUGGUGAAGAGCGGUGAUGAUUGUAGGCAGGAGCAUCUUGCUGUGCAACUGAUUGCUCAUUUUUAUGAUAUAUUCCAUGAGGCGGGUCUCCCUCUCUGGUUGCGCCCUUAUGAAAUCCUAGUUACUUCUUCUUACACUGCACUCAUUGAACCAAUUACAGAUACGGCCUCACUUCAUUCCAUCAAAAGUAGAUUUCCGGGUAUCUCAAGUUUACGAGACUUUUUUGUUGCCAAGUACCAAGAAAAUUCUCCAAGUUUUAAGCUUGCGCAGAGAAAUUUUGUUGAAAGUAUGGCUGGAUACUCCCUAGUGUGCUACCUUUUACAGGUGAAGGAUAGGCACAAUGGGAAUCUCUUGUUGGAUGAAGAUGGCCAUAUCAUACACAUUGACUUUGGCUUUAUGCUAUCCAAUUCACCUGGAGGUGUAAAUUUUGAGAGUGCACCAUUUAAAUUAACACGUGAACUUCUUGAGGUUAUGGAUUCUGAUGCUGAGGGAGGUCCAAGCGAGUUCUUUGACUAUUUUAAAGUUUUAUGCAUUCAAGGUUUCCUAACAUGUCGUAAACACGCGGAACGCAUAAUUCUUCUUGUCGAGAUGUUGCAGGAUUCUGGUUUCCCAUGUUUUAAAGGUGGACCUAGGACUAUACAGAACUUGAGGAAACGAUUUCAUCUAAGUUUAACUGAAGAGCAAUGCGUGUCCUUGGUGCUCUCUCUGAUCAGCAGCAGCUUAGAUGCAUGGCGGACACGGCAAUAUGAUUAUUACCAGAGGGUUUUAAAUGGAAUAUUGUGAGGUCGGAUACAAUUAUGGAUACCCACUAUAUGAGUCUUUGAGAAGUCACUCAGUGAACUGUUAUAUAAAGGACUAUGAGUUGCGUUGUGGUGCAAUAGCAGUUCAUUCAUAGUGCGAUGGGCUUCAGAGAUAUUUUUGGGACUUAUUGGUGCUAACAGCUUGUGUCUUAUUCUUUUAUCAAUGUGAGGAAUUUGUUGUAUUGACGGACAUUACUUGUUGAAGUCUACCUGGCUAAACUCACUGCAGUGGGACUUGGCUUUCAGUUUCUUCGUUCCCCUUUUCCUUUGUUUCAAGAAGGAUAAACUCUGCUGGCUGGUGGGGUAUUUCAAGUUGACUUGAAGACAAUGUACAA